GCAAGCCCUGGCCUGCCAGACAUCUUCCCACCAACGCCCCUCCCUGCCCGCGCAUAACCUUGAGUGCUUGCUCGGAUCGCAGCGGGCGAUGUGACUUGGAUGCCUGGGUAUGCCCAUAGCCCGGGUCCUACUUGGCUGUGAUAAUACCGGUAAUGGAAGGCCUUCACGAUGCACCCGAUUGGCCGUUUGCGGGAGGUCGCUACUCAAGCACACUACUACACACUACUACAUACUUACCUAGGGUCGCGUUUGACCCAGGGGGCGCCCAUGGAACACUGGAGCUUGAGCUAGAGCUUCACGCCAGUGGGGAACCACCGAGAUAUGAUUUCGAUCCCGGCCUCCCGGUUAUCUCGUGCUUCGGGAUCCCCUCCCCCCAACCUCGACGGCGGUGCGGCUACCGUCAGACAACCUGCUAGAAGAGAACCAAGCACUUGAAUCUGUACCGUACGGCCCGAGAGACCCUCAGAAUGUGGCCAUUCAGCAGCGCGGGCUUCACUGCCAAAGACAUCCCCGACCUGUCCGGCAAGGUCAUUCUCGUCACUGGCGCCAACAGCGGUCUAGGACUACAGUCAGUGCUGGACCUUGCCCGCCACGGACCCAAGGAGAUUUGGCUCACAUCCAGGACAACCGAGAAGGCCGACCAGGCGAUCAAGGAGGUCAAGAAGGAGGUCCCCAGCGCCAACCUCAGGCCGCUCAGCCUGGACCUGUCCUCGCUCGACUCCAUCAAGAGUGCAGCACGCAGCUUCAGCCAGUCGUCGCAGCGGCUCGACGUCCUGCUCCUCAAUGCCGGCAUCAUGGCCUCCGACCCAGGGCUGACCAAGGACGGCUACGAGAUCCAGUUCGGCACCAACCACGUGGGCCACGCCCUGCUGACGAAGCUGCUGACCCCUCUCCUCGAAAAGACGGCGGCUGAGCCCUCCUCAGACGUGCGGGUGGUCGUGCUCACCUCGGCGGCGGUGGCCAUGGCGCCCAAGGACGGCAUCGAGUUCGACACGCUCAAGACGGAGCAGGAGCCCGUGGGGAGGUGGGCGCGCUACGGGCAGAGCAAGCUCGCCAACGCGCUGUUCGCGCGGCAGCUGGCCAAGCUGCACCCGGCCUGGACGGUGACGGCCGUCCACCCGGGCGUCGUCACGACCAACCUGUCCCGGCACGUGCAGGACCGCCACUGGUUUGCCAAGGCGCUGAUGCCCAUCGCCAACCUGGUCCUGACCACCGUGGAGCAGGGCGUCUUGAACCAGCUGUGGGGGGCAACCGCGCCCAAGGCCGACGUCAAGUCGGGCGAGAUGUACUUCCCAGUUGCUGACCUGACCGGCGGGCGGCGUGGCCCGUACGUCAAGGACGACGCGAUGGCCAAGAAGCUGUGGGACUGGACGGAGCAGGAGCUCAGGGGCCAGGACCUCUGAGGGUCUUGCAGCAUCGAGCAAACGGGCACCUGGGUAUGUGAGGAAUAUCAUGAGUCUUGGUCUCGCUUCAUGCAUGCAGCUACUACUAGACUCGGAGUGGUGUGUUGGUCUGACCCUGGUCGUCAGCGUUGGCUCCCGGGUGAUCCUCCGCCUGUCACGGGCUUGGCAGGUUACAUUCUGUCUGCAUUUUACAUGUCUGUAUGAGUCAUCAUGUCGUUUUGUUGCGGUUGUUACGGGUCUAGGAGUUGAUUACGAUAGCUCUCUCUACAACUAUAGCACCUGUCUGAGUAUAUAGUCUUUUAAAGGCUCUAUAUCGUCAAGACAGUGCCCCUUAGCCUUAUCUGUAUGUCGUAAGGCUGAGGCCAUAAGCACCUAUCGUAUUAUGUGGUUUCGCUUCUAUUCCAUAUAUAUCCAAGGACAUACAUGGCGCCUUCAUACGGUACUAUUAGAGCUAUACUUAACUAAGAUAGUUAAGCUUCUUA